GCGUAGGGAUUAGUCUGGCUAUUUUGUAUCUGAGCAUGCAAAGUCUCCAGUUCUAACAUGGCAGACAAUGCUACACAUCACUACAUCUCAUCUUUCUUCCUGGUUGGUAUUCCUGGUUUGCAAGAUUUUCACUGCUGGAUUGGCAUCCCCGUCUGCCUCCUGUUUGCCCUGGCCCUGCUGGGGAACAGUGUAAUCAUCAUCACCAUCAAACUAGAACCAAGCCUCCACCAGCCUAUGUAUUUCUUCCUUUGUAUGCUGGCAGUGAAUGACAUGGCUCUUGCCUCUUCCACGGCCCCCAAGAUGCUUGGUAUCUUCUGGAUGGAUGCACAUUGGAUUGACUUUGACACCUGCCUGACACAGUUGUAUUUCAUUCACACAUUCUGCAUAAUUGAAUCAUCCCUCUUGGUUGCCAUGGCCUUUGACCGCUAUGUAGCUAUUUGUAUCCCAUUGCGUUAUACAACCAUCCUGACCACACCAAUGGUCAUUAAAAUGGGUCUAGCUGGUAUGACCCGAGCUAUCCUUAUGGUUUUGCCCUGUCCUCUUCUUAUUAAAAGGCUACCAUGUUAUACUAAAUAUGUUAUCAAUCAUGCCUACUGUGAGCACAUGGCUGUGGUGAAGUUGGCCAGUGCCAACACUCUCAUUAACAGGGUGUACGGAAUCUCUGUGGCCCUUUCAGUGAUGGUGUGGGACCUAGGGCUCAUAGCCGCAUCCUAUACCAAAAUCCUCCAGGCAGUCUUCCGGCUGUCUUCCCAGAAUGCCCGCUCGAAAGCGCUGGGCACCUGUGCUGCCCAUGUGUGCACCAUACUUGUCUCCUACACCCCUGCACUGUUUAGCUUCCUAACUCACCGCAUUGGCAAGAAGGUACCUCCAAGCAUUCAUAUAAUUUUUGCGAGUUUGUAUCUUUUGGUGCCUCCCGCAGUCAAUCCCCUGGUGUAUGGCGUCAAGACCAAGCAGAUUCGUGACCGAGUGGUUGGUCUCUUCUUCCCAAGCAAGAAGAUUUCUGGAAACUAAAAUAUGUAAAUACAAACCCAUAUUGGCAGAAUCUGUUUUAUGAAGUCAUGGUAUGUUAACAGUAGUUGCAACUUUGUCCCCAAAAUGCUAUUUUUCAAUUCAGUUGUACCUUUUAGCGGGGACAUUUGAUGUUGUGUAUUUUUCUCUUAUUUUUAUUUUGUAAUAUUUCCUUGUCUUUCUCUUGUUUAAUUCACCACUCAUCUUGGCUGACUGAGGACCAUGCCAACCUCCAUGACUAAGUUUCUUUCUGUCAUUAAUUCUCAUUAUUAUUUCCCAAUUCCCUUGGAAAGGUCCUUAGUGCCAGGUCAGUAUUCUUUGUUUACUAUCAUUACAUCUUCAGUUGUGCAAGGUCACCUUUGGGUAAUACCAUCCAUGUCAGUCACCUUCCACCCCUGAGUGCUUAAGACUUAUCUAUCCUGUAUUUUCAUUGGUCAAUACAGUCCUUAAAUUGUUUUCUCUCCAUCCACUCAUUCUUUAAACAUUUCGU